AUGCGACAUGAACGCGCAACCCUCCCGACGCCAAAGUCGACCGAUUCCUUCUGGCAUAGCGAGCCCGAUGAGUUUCUUCUCGGCCAUCGUACGACGGAUGAUCUGCCCUCUGAGGCCGACGUUGUUAUCGUGGGGUCUGGUAUAACAGGCACGAGUGCAGCGAGAUUUCUUGCUGAGGAUGAGAGGGCUAAUGGAAAGAGCAUCGUGGUGCUUGAGGCUAGAGAAGCAUGUUGGGGUGCGACGGGAAGGAACGGCGGACAUUGCCAACCUCUCCUCUUCGAUCGGAGCAGCGAAGUAGCCGAGUUCGAACUAAAGAACGUCGCCGCGGUACGAUCAUACAUUCAAGAAAAUGACGUACCCUGCGAGUGGCGCGAUGUGACCGGCUGUCGCACAUUCUGGACUGAAGAAGCGUUGAAAGAGACUAUGAAACAAGUAAACCAUCUCCGGGAGGUAGCACCCGAGAUAGCCCGCCACGUCACUGUUAUCCAAGACAAGCAAGACUUCAAGAAACACCGCGUUGCGUCUGAUUGUGUUGGGGCGACUCUCAGUGAGGGAGCUGCAAGUCUAUGGCCCUACAAGCUCGUCGCCUUUAUCCUGAAGAAGCUGGUGAAAUCCGGCCGAAUUAACCUGCAGACUACAACGCCCGUCACUGAGAUCACAUCUGCCAACGGCACGCACACACUACAUACAGCUCGCGGUAUCAUAAGCAGUAAGACCGUCAUCCUUGCAACCAACGGUUAUACAUCAGCCAUCCUGCCCCACUUUGCCGACCUCAUCGUUCCCUGCCGUGGUGAAAUGUCUGCUCUCUACCCCCCGAAAGCUUCAACCAUCCUGCCCAACUCCUACGGUAUGGUCGCAGCUCUAGGCCAGCCCGCCAACAAUGAUGAUUACCUCAUCCAACGCCCCUACGAAGGCGUUCCCAAUCCCGCCGGCCAUCUCAUGUUUGGCGGCGGUCGCGGAGCUGGGAACUACCCUAGCAUAGGUGUCUCAGACGACAGCAUAAUCGACGAAGGCGCCGCCGCCUAUCUCCGUGGCGCCCUAUUGAAAGUGCUCGAGCUAGAUGGUGAGACUGAAGGGCUUCAAGAACUCCAGGCCGCCGCACAAUGGACUGGUAUCAUGGGGUAUUCGCGCGACGACCACCCGUGGGUAGGCAAGGUGCCUGGUAAAGAAGGCUUGUGGCUCUGUGGUGGCUACACUGGUCACGGGAUGCCAAACGGCACGCUUUGCGGGAAGGCUAUCGUUGAUAUGGUGUUGGGAGAGUUAGAGGGGCGGGAGUUGAGUGCAGUUCAGACUGCCAUGGUGGAGAAGGGCCAUAUUCCUAGUAGUUAUAUCUUAUCCAAGGAAAGGAUUGAUAAAGCGAGGCAGAUGCUUACUGUGCAGCAGCAGGAUGAGAGAGGGGUGCGUAUGGAUCCUAUGGUUUGA